UUGACAAUCUCCAGGUCUUGUUGUUGAUGUUGGUUUUUUUUUUCACUUUCUUUAUAAAUGCGAUCCUGAUACAAGAGAAAUAAACUCGCCACUUUUUUCGGGGCCUCGCGUCGAUAAAAAAUCUAGUAUACGAGUAUAAGAUACGUCUACCGGUAUAUCUCUCGCAUAUACCAGCAGCGGUACUCUGUCUGUGCGCAAGGGGAAACUCCUGCGCAGGGGGUGAUAAAAUACCUGGCAGCAAAGCGACUCCGGAGCGAGUGAAUAAAAAGGGAGAGAGCGCGGGCGCGCGCGAAUCUUCGAUCCGAGGCUCCAUUAAAAGUGCAAUAGGAGUUGUGCGAUGCAUCCGGAACGACGACGCGUUCAGAGGAAGAAAACAAAAUAAAUAUAAUAUAAAAAGUUUUCAUCGGUACAAUCGAGACAAACGAGGACAAAUCCGACCAUGAUUUCGUAUAUUAUUUUCCAGCACGUUCUUUAAUAAAAAGUAAUCUAUCGAGAAAUAAAUGGUAAAUCUAGUGCAAUCAAUUGGGUGUAGAUUGGGCCAAGUGCUUUUCAUUUUUCAAUUUCAUUCUAUAAAUUAACUACUUCCACCGUUGACGUGAUUGCAUAUGCUGGGGUUGGUAAACUUGAUAAGUUGAGCCGUGAAACACGGAAAUUCGAAGCGAGACGCUUCGAUCUUUUUGCGAUUUAAAGUGGAAUUAUUGACUCGAUUGUAGCGUGUAAAAACUGAUGAACGAUUAGCCUCGAUGAGGGUUUAACGAUGACAAGUAGCGUAUCGUGAUGCAGUGAGUCGAGAGAAUACGAGGAUUACGAGAUUUUGAAAGAAUGGAUAAACACCAGGAAGGUGAGCGAGAACGAGGUCGAACAUCACGAGCGUCCUCGACUUCGAGCCUUGGUCGUGAAGUUCGUUGCGCCUGUCAAUUCUUCCAGAGCGACUCUUUACUACCGGAAAGGCGCGCCAUGAUAAUCUCAAGGCCAUCUUCGAGGAACGCUAAUCAACCGGCGUCGAUCGCCAACGUCAGAGGAACGACCGAGGAUCCCACCACCAUCUAUCACUUACAGAGUGAACACGAGUACGAGCCUAUUGGAACGCCUCUGGUAAAACCGAGAACGAUGACGCCUGUAUCAACGGCGCCGGUUGUCCGGAUAAUCGAUACCGAUGUCGCGCCCGUCGCCGAUAGCGACGACAGCAUCGAUCUUGGCGGUCGUUUCACACCCGGACCCGUCCUCGAGGGUAACGAACUCAUUCUUCCGCUCGACGGGCAAAUCGAAGACAGCGCUAUGGAGACAAAAGAAUUGGCCGGUGGUGGCGACACUUCGGAAGAACUCGAGAGUCCCCAACAACUCCAAGAUCGUCUGGAAGAGCGUUUCCUCAAUACGCUAGCUACGACAGCCGCAAACGAGUCAAGAGUCGAGGGCAAGGUCUAUACGAGCAAGGAGGUGGACCCUUCAACGAUGAUGAAAGAUGCGUCACCGCCGUCAUCGACUCUCCAACGAGGUGCCGCCCACGGUUUGCCUCAACGCUUGCGUUUCCAAGCCGAUAAAUUACGUUCCCGUUUAAAAUCGAUUCAACCCCCUAAUUUUACAUUGUCAAUUAAUCGAUCGAGACCCGAAAAAACUACGAGUCGUUCGUCAAAGUCUCGCGGUUCAUCCGACAAAAAAAGUAGCGGAUCAAGGAGCGACAAGACGGAAACGUCCAAACGUUCGCGAAUUGAAAGAAUCAGAUCCUCGCUGCCGGACAGACCCAGACUAUCGCUUCCGGAUCGGCGGAAAUUUCAUUUUCCCGAACGUUCCAAGUUUCAUCUACCGGAUCGUCCGCGAUUCAAUAUAAAAAAACCAAACGUCCAUUUUCCAACGUUGGGAAAAUCCCGAAAAACAACGUCUUCGAGCUCGAGCGAGCAGCAGCAGCAGCAGCAGCCGCAGAUUCGUCGAGAUGGAACGGACGAGUCGAGCGCCGCCGGUUCGAUGCGUAAAAUUUUCGAUUUCUCCACUUAUCCCCGUUUGUUCGACAAAAAAUCAAAAAUCCAAGAAGAAUAUGCGACAUCAUCACCGAAGGAAUCUAGAGCGCAAUCGAUCGAAAGUUCAACACUUCCGAGAACGAAGAAAACAUUGGCAGGUGGUAGCGCAGCGCCUCCGUUGGGAUCGCGAUGGUCGCAAAAAUUUACGGACAUGAAAUUUGCCGAUGACGAAGAGGACGAAUCGGGAAAAACAUUGGCAGAGAGAUCAAAACCCUGGAGGCGUCCGUCCCUCGAGGAGCCAAGAGUAUCGCUGGGAACAACUCGACGGGGAAGAUCGAUCGAGGAACCGCGGGCCGAGGAGAGUCUACCGUGGUCGAGUUCCGACGAGAGAAUCGACGAGGCAGGGAGGGAGAAUGAAAAGAAACGACGUAUUAUCGACGAACAAGCGAGUUACGAGGAAGAAGCCGAGGGGGAGAAAGAAUUUGAUCGGAUAAGAGGAAUAAAAUUGAGGCGACGCACUUGGGAAGAAUCGUACGAAGAGGAAGAUGAACCCCCGAGAAUCGACCCACGACUUUACGGAAACGAGCAGGAGGAGGGGGGAGGGGAGGAUGAUUCGAUCGAGGUGGAUCGACAGGCUUAUCGAGCCGCUUUCGCGGCCGUUGAUCCGCGAUACGAUUACAACAAGAGGGUUGCCGGCGACGGCGGAAAAUUGAACGAAAGAGAGGGGGGGAGAGAAGCGUCGUACGAGGAGCAACCGGUGGAAGAGGAAGAGAACGAAGCCGUAUCCAGCAGCGGUAUGGAUGAAGACAUAUCGGCUCGUUCCGAUCAGGAACAACAACGAUCGAGCGGAAGUUCCUUCGAGCGUAGACGCCGUGGUAUAAUCGAGGAUAUCGAUUCGGAGGAAUUUAUCAUUCGGCAAGAGGAAACGGCUCUCGCGUUGGCUCACGAGAUUUUGAUAACGACGCCGAAAGCACCGCCACCGUCCCCGCCUGAGAGACCGGCGCGUACGAGGUCCUUGCGGAAACGCAAGGAACCCUCGGUCGAGUCUUACGAACCCGUCGGCCAGCAGCACCCAAUCAGGCCGAAACGAGAUGUUGGACGAAGAAGCAUCGAGGCCGAUUACGAUUAUGAGAUCGAAUCGAUGUUGGACAACGGGGAAGACAGUUUCGGCUCGGGAUCUCGCCACAAAAUCGUUUAUCACGCGGAAUCGACGUGCUUCAAUUUGAGCCGGUUGGAACCGCCGCUCGAUGACUCGCCACUGGUAGUUGUCAAACCGAUUCGACGGAAAUCAAGAUCGUCAACCGGUCGUUCCGAAUCUUUGGCAGAGGGGCUAAACGAAAAACGAACGAUAGAAGCAGCGGCAAACGCUCCGUCCGCACCCCCAAGACGGCGAAAACGAGUUGCCGAAGUGCCGAGCAUCGAAAACGGUUUCCAUGCUUGGAACGGCCACCAUUUUUCCGCCGUCUCAAUAAUCGAGACCGCUAACGUUCAAGAGGAAAAAAUUAAAAUGCCAGCUCCAAAAAAACCGGAACGAGCGGUUAGCUCGUCCAGAGAAGCUCCUUCACCUGCGCCAGAAUCUAGUGUCCCCCCCCCACCCGUUCCCCCGAAAAGAUCGUCCCGGUCCCGAUCUCGGGGAGCCUCUCUCGCACCGGAUGACGACAGAACUUCCCACGGAGCCGAAUCGUUGCCGGAAAUUGGCUACACCGAAGAAGAUAUUCCACAGGACGAGGAGGAGAAGAAAGAGGCCCUCGUCGAAUAUCCGGGCUAUGCGACGAUUGAAAAACGAGAGAAACCGCCGAGGCCGCCCCCGCUCAGAAAACGACGGGAGGGAAAGUUCGCGACGACUCCGAGAACUUGGAGAGUUCCGGAUCGGCCACAUCGAGCUUACAGCACUUUGCGACCAGUUGGAUCGAGCGCACUCUCGGAAACAACGCUUCGGAGGGGCGAUCGUGAGAGCAGCAGCGAGGACGCGAGGACGGCUUACGAACCGGUUGAUUCCGAAAGAGAAGCGGCGGCAGACGAGAAUGACGAUGGGAACGGUGGAAAGGGGGAAAAUGGAGCGGAGGAGAGAGAGAAACAGGAUCCGAGGGGAAUUGUCGUCAGUAUGAUUCAAGGACGUCCAUUACCGGCACCCCCGAGACCCCCGCGUUCUCGGCGGGAUAAAGACGUCCAAGAGCAGGUCCGAAAUGAAGUAGCCCUCGAGUCAAGCCUCGAAGAACUGCUGCCGGCAAUGAGCGAAGCAUUCGCAUCUACCCAGACGGAUCCGCUACCCGACGAUAUGAUUAUCGAGGAAGAAAUCACUCGGGCGAAACUGGUGGUAACGCCAUCGAGAUCGGGAUCGCAGAUUCUCGUUUCCACGGAACGCAUCCCAAGCCCCGCAAUGGCCAAUUUCUCAAUAGACGCAACGAGAUCGUUCUCGCAAGGAGGAGAAGGAGGAGAAGAAGAAGAAGAAGAAGAAGCCUCCGGCGCUUACGACGAAUCCAUCGAAAUACCCAAUUUAUUCGAUCAACACCGACGGGGCUAUUCUAAAUCUUUGGAAUCAACGAUGAGCUUUGAGUCAUCGAUAAAAACUGCUGGUCAUAAUCAGGAUUCUGAAGCGCGACGGUGGCGGCAGCGUCAGCGUCACCAGCAUCGGCAGCACCAACGACACGCGGCGCAACGUUCCAGGACGACUACGAGUCCGGAACGCGAUGCAAACGUCCCGAUCGUUCCUCCGCUCCCGAGUGACAAACGUUGGUCGUCGUAUCGGGAUGAGAUCGAACGAGAAGAAGGCGACGAGAGUCGAAGCGCGAGUCCUGCCUUGUUACGAAAUAUUUCAAAUAUUUCUCGGAAAGGAGACGACUACGAGGCUGACGUUGAAGCGAGACUGCAAUCCUCGUUUAAUGAAAGAAUCCGACUGGAGGAGGAAUUGGAACGAGCGAGAAACUUACGCUCGAGCCUUUUGACCGGCGAACCAUUGAAAAUCGCGAGUCUCGAAGUUACCGAUCUCAGAGUCGAGAGUUUGAAUGUAACGAAUCUGGAGACACAAAAACUUACGGCUUCGGAGAUCGAUGCGACGAUUGUAUCUGCCUCGGAAAUAUCGAAAAAAGGAGAGAGUCGGAGCGCCGAAGAAGAAAGCGCGAGCGCGAGCGCGAGCGCGAGCGCGAGUGCGAGUGACAUACAGCCGACUCUCUUGCUACGUGAAUUGAUCGCGAUUAGAAGUCAAUUGGAGCUGGUUAAUUCGGGCAGUCAAGAGGCGGCUGCGGCUGCUCCACCCACCGCGGCUACUGCUCGCUUGCAGCUUGAUCAGGUAUCCCGGACAACCGAGACGCGAGCUAUAUACUCCUCGCUCGGAAGAUCGAGAGAAGCUUCGCCCCCUCAACGAUCGAGCCAGAGUCAAGCGUUACCGGUGACGAGUGAGCCUCCGAAAGAAUUUAUCGGUAAGGAAGUGGAGGCACGACACCGCUCGGGAUCGACAUCGCGUUCACGCUCUUCAUCGCCGGGACGAACCGAAACCGGUUCAACUAGACUUCGGCAAACCGCCUCACCGGUUAAAUCUCUUCCCCCGGUUAUUUCCGUAACUCCCGAUACACCGGACUCUAGAAAAAAUAACGUAGACGCUUCGUCGGAAAUAACGAUGCCGCAAAGAGCUGUACUAUCUUACGUCCAGGAAGAAUCGCUGCCGCCGCCGCCGCCGCCAUCUUCGAUCACGAGCGGACAAACGCGAUUGGUGGCGUUUACAACGAGCUCGCAAAUACCUGCCGAAUUUUUAGCCCUUGCCUCCUCUCCCCCCCUAGCCGUAACAGCAACCUCGGAAACAGCGACAAACGUACGAGAACCGGAUGUUUUGGAUCUAGGAUGGCAACUCGCGCAGGCUCUCAGGAUCGCUAUAAAACGAGCUAUGAGACAUUUCGUAGGUUACAUCGUUAACAGAAUCGGACACGAGGAUACCGAUACCAAGAUGAGAGAAAUCGAGAUUGCACUUUGCGCCCUGUUGCUCAUAAUCGUUGGUCUCCUUAUCAUUUGUUUCAGCGCUCCGCGAACGAUAACGCAUCAUCAUCACUGGGACUAUUUCAACCCACCGAGAUUAUAACCAUUGACGAUGACGGGGUCGCGUGCGCGUGCGAUUUUUUCCCCCGGUAUCUCACAACUUUUCUACUAUCUUCGCUAUCUAUCUAUGUACACCGGAAGAGCUUUUCUUAAACGAGUAUAUAGUAACUGAAACAGAACCAAGAA